CUUAUCCUAGCCCAACACGAGGGCCCUUGACUUCUGAACCAAAAUGGCAGCGCUCAGCGCGUAGUCCUUUACUUCUCCAAGGCGAACUAAGAUUAAAAUCCUACAUCAUGUCAAAGUUAAGCCGGGUCACUCGAACCCUCAAGAAGCCCGAGGCCGGCGGCGUGAUCCGGUCCAUCGUGCGAGCAGGCCAAGCUAUUCCUGGGCCUCCCCUAGGUCCCAUCUUGGGUCAGCGAGGUGUCUCUAUCAACCAGUUCUGCAAAGAGUUCAACGAGAAGACAAAGGACAUCAAAGAAGGCAUUCCUCUUCCUACAAAAAUUUUUAUAAAGCCCGACAGAACAUUUGAGCUCAAAAUUGGGCAACCCACUAUUUCCUACUUUUUGAAGGCAGCUGCUGGGAUUGAGAAGGGGGCCCGGCAUACAGGGAAAGAGCUGGCGGGCCUGCUGAGUUUGAAGCACAUAUACGAGAUUGCCUGUGUCAAAGCUAAGGAUGAUGCUUUUGCCAUGCAAGAUGUACCCCUGUCAUCUGUGGUCCGUUCCAUCAUUGGCUCUGCCCGCUCUCUGGGCAUUCGUGUGGUGAAGGACCUCAGCGCAGAAGAACUGGCGGCCUUCCAGAAGGAACGAGCCGUGUUCCUGGCUGCUCAAAAAGAGGCUGAUUUGGCAGCCCAGGCAGAAGCUGCCAAGAAGUGACCCCAACUUUCUACACUCUGAGAAUUUGCAGUGAGAGGCUAAGAAGGGGGCCCACAGAGGAAGCUGAGCCAAAAGACGUCAUGGCAACCCGGUUUGUAGUUUCCUGACACAUUACUAUCCAUGUGCUGUGCCAAGGGAUCAAGCCUGAAUAAAGAUCCUUUGUCAUCAA